ACGUAGACCUGUCAGGCUCUGCUGUCCACCGAACAGUCAAGCGGACAGACGUCGACAGAGCGGCGGUACUGGGAGUGUUUUAUGGCACAGCUGCCUACUCAGCACGACGUUAGAUGUGUUGUAUGUAAAAAUACCGCGUCGUUUUAGAGGUCGGGAGAACGUACGCACUGCUGUACAUUCAGCGAGGAAUGUAGCUAAGACAAAGUCACUCGGCUAACUUUUAAGUGCUAAACAGCCGUCGAGCAAAAUUGAACUUCAUCGAUCGCGGAUAGUUCGUCUGAAAAUACACUCAGCGGAAGUCAAACUGGGAUUAAAACCAGUGCUUGGACUUGGACUUUUUACAGAGAACUACCGAAAUGCAUGGGGCAACUAUCUUUUCUAACUUUUCUUUCUCCACGGUGGUGAAAACGGUUGUGUCGUAGUGGCAUACAUUAGCUAAUUUUAGCACGCUAGCUAGGAGCAUUUAGCUGCCAGCCCAACAGUAAGUUACAGCAGUUUGCUACUAACUGUCUGAAGGACUUUACAUCUCAUUCAACUUUGUUAUGACAAUGUCGUUCCUACAUUUUGCAACAGGUAGACCUUUUGCAAGCACGACGACGCAGCAAAAAACAUCAGAAAUUUAGAAACUUCGCCGAUAUUUGUUGUAUGUUGGUGACUCCAGGUUGUACUGCGGGCAAUGACAUGAGUUGUAGUUUGGCUUUUUGGUUCGUGUUUUGAAGAUUGUUCCCGUGUUUCUGAAAACAAAGUCACCCUAAUGAUGCAGUGUUUGGAAACCGUCUAACCCCCGCUACCGACCGACCAUGUUGGAUCAUACAGAAUAACACCAGAGUCGGAGAGGAGACGAGCUUCAAGUCGCGCAGUUUGCUCCAUAUUUUUGUGCUCAUGCGAACAGUAGGAACACACAAGGAAACAUUUCUUUUGGCCUAGGGAUACAAUCGCUUGUCUGAAGUCUUCGUCAGUUUAUGCAUCAAAAUGUCGGCCAUCUCUGCAUCCGAGAAAGUGGACGGGUUUACGAGAAAGUCCAUGAGGAAGGCCCAGAAACAGAGAAAAUCCCAAGGCUCGUCUCAGUAUCGCACACAGAGCGCUCCAGUUGAGCUUUCACCGCUGCCGCAACUCAAAGAUGCCCCCUCCGCAGAGCAGCAGGAACUGUUCACCCAGAAACUCCAGCAGUGCUGCAUGCUUUUUGACUUCCUGGACUCAGUGAUAGACCUGAAGAGCAAGGAGAUCAAGAGGGCCACACUCAACGAGCUAGUGGACUAUGUUUCCACCAACAGAGGGGUGCUGGUGGAAUCUACGUACCCAGAGAUCACCAAUAUGAUCUGCACCAACAUAUUCCGGACACUUGCACCGAGUGAAAACCCAGAUUUUGACCCAGAGGAGGAUGAACCCACUCUAGAGGCUUCGUGGCCUCACAUGCAACUUGUCUACGAGUUUCUGCUUCGCUUUCUUGAGAAUCCAGACUUCCAGCCCAGCAUUGCGAAGCGCUACAUUGACCAGAAGUUUGUUCUGCAGCUCCUGGAGCUGUUUGACAGUGAGGACCCGAGGGAGAGGGACUUCCUGAAGACCAUCCUGCACCGGAUCUAUGGAAAGUUCCUGGGGUUGCGAGCCUUCAUCAGGAAGCAGAUCAACAACAUCUUCUUGCGGUUCAUCUAUGAAACUGAUCACUUCAACGGUGUCGCUGAGCUCCUAGAAAUCCUGGGAAGUAUCAUCAACGGCUUCGCAUUGCCUUUGAAGGCAGAGCACAAACAGUUCCUGAUGAAGGUGCUCAUCCCGUUACAUACAGCUAAAGGACUGGCACUUUUCCAUGCACAGCUGGCCUACUGUGUGGUACAGUUCCUGGAGAAGGAUCCUACACUCACUGAACCGGUGAUCCGCGGGCUGCUGAAGUUUUGGCCUAAAACCUGCAGCCAGAAAGAGGUGAUGUUCCUGGGUGAAAUUGAGGAGAUUCUGGAUGUCAUUGAGCCGACACAGUUCAAGAAAAUCCAGGAGCCAUUGUUCAAACAGAUUUCUAGAUGUGUGGCCAAUCCCCACUUCCAGGUAGCAGAGCGAGCGCUGUACUUCUGGAAUAACGAGUACAUCCUCAGCCUCAUAGAGGAAAACAUCGACAAGGUCCUUCCCAUCAUGUUCGGUAGUUUGUACAGAAUCUCCAAAGAGCACUGGAAUCCGACAAUCGUAGCUCUGGUGUACAAUGUGCUGAAGACGUUGAUGGAGAUGAACUGCACGCUGUUUGAUGAAUUGACUUCCUCCUAUAAAGCAGACCGGCAACGGGAGAAGAAGAAGGAGCAGGAGCGUGAUGAGCUGUGGAAGAAGCUGGAGGAGCUGAGGCUCAGCAACACCACUCUAGUACAGAACAACAGCCAUGGGCUCCAGAGUGUCCAGAACAACAACAACAACAACAACAAUAGUAAUAAUAAUAAUGACAACCAGGACAAGGCUGCUGACACGGCUGCCGUCACCACAGACGACAAAGAUCCUGAUGUCACUGAGGCAGCCAAUAAGAGCACCCCAUGUGCCAAAUGACGUCGGACAUCAGUUUUUUAUUCCCUAACGGUUUGACACCGUGUUCAGGACUGUCAGGGGGAGAUUAACGGAGACGGAAAAAACACAAAUUACACCUCAGCAGUAUAUAAAAUCUUAGAGUGACUUAGAAUGCCAGCAUUUCUUUGUCCCAAAAAAAGAAAAAAGAAAAAAAAAAGAUACUUCAACUUAAGACUAUUUUUGGAUGUUACAGUGUGGCUGCAGUAUAUUGUGUAUUUGUCUGAUCAAAGAUUUAUCCUUUCGCAUUUAGUUUCUUAACUGAGAAUGAUUUUCUUUUGUUAUAUUCAUUGUAUGAUACAUGGGAGGGGAGAAAAUAAUAAUGACUUGAAUUCAA